CCGCGCUCCGGGCCGGCCGCCGCCCGGAGCCGAUGGCAGAGGCAGGCAAACGCUCCGCGGAGCCCCCCGGCGGGCCCGCGGGGCAGGCAGCGGCCGAAGCCCCCGAGCCGCAGAAGCUCGCCCCGCCGCCGGCGACGGCCCCGCGCAAGCUGCCGGGGGACCCGAGCCCCCGCGGCCGCUCCCAGAGCGACCUAUCGUCGUGCUCCAGCAGGGGCCGCCCGCUCCGGGUCCACAUCUCUGGCUCAGUUGAUGGACUGGACAAAGCAUCUGUAGCAAAUUCAGAUGGCCCAACAGCAGGCUCCCAAACACCUCCCUUCAAGAGAAAGGGGAAACUCUCCACCAUCGGUAAAAUCUUUAAGCCUUGGAAAUGGAGGAAAAAGAAGACCAGUGACAAAUUUAGAGAAACCUCAGCAGUAUUAGAAAGGAAGAUAUCCACAAGACAAAGUAGAGAGGAGCUGAUAAGAAGGGGCGUUCUUAAGGAGUUGCCUGAUCAAGAUGGAGAUGUAACAGUUAACUUUGAAAAUUCAAACGGGCACAUGAUACCCAUCGGAGAGGAAUCUACCCGAGAGGAAAAUGUAGUAAAAUCUGAAGAAGGUAAUGGCUCUGUAGCUGAAAAGUCACCACCUCUGGAGGAAAAGGCAGAAGAUAAGAAAGCUGGCUCCUCUCAUUCAAAAAAAACAACUGGGUCCAAAGCAUCAGCUUCACCAUCUACUUCCUCCACCUCAUCUCGUCCCAAAGCUUCAAAGGAGACACUUUCUAGCAAAACAGGGACAGUGGGAAUCACAAAGGGCAAGAAAAAAACUGGCAAGCAGCCAACCUCUCGCCCGUCCUUGGAUGCAACCACUUCUGGCACAUCUGACCUUAAAGGAGAACCUUCUGAGACGAGGGUGGAGAGUCUCAAGCCUGAGCAGACUGUCCCUGGGACCGAUGAGCAGACCACGGGCAAAUCUAAGUCUGCGGUCCCUCAACCUCCUGUGGCUCCUCCACCUUCUCCCCCCGCCCCUCCUCUUCCUCAUGAGGAGCAGUGCGCUUUUGCCUCAGACACUCCUGUUGUCCUGGUCAGUGAUGGAGCUGACCUGCCUGUCCCUGCCUUAGACCCAAGUCAGCUUCUCUGGACCGAAGAGCCCACCAACAGAACCACUGUCCUCUCAGGCACUGGCUUAAGUGUUAGCAGAGAAAAUGCAGAAUGUUUUACGACCAAAGAUGAGCCGGGAAAGGUAGCACCUCAGCUACCGACUUCUGGGCUGACGGGAGAAUCUUCAGAAUCCUUCAGUGCCCCUGAGGACGAAGGCCAAAGGGAGGACCAGGCCAAUGACUCGGACUCUGAUGGGCCUGUCUUGUACACUGAUGAUGACGAUGAUGAAGAGGAGGAGGAGGAGGGCAGUGGAGAAAGUGCUUUGGCAAGUAAAAUACGACGAAGGGAUACUCUUGCUAUCAAACUUGGCAACAGACCAUCAAAGAAGGAACUAGAGGACAAAAACAUCUUGCAGCGCACAUCUGAAGAGGAGAGGCAGGAGAUCCGACAGCAAAUUGGAACCAAGCUCGUCAGGAGACUUAGCCAGAGGCCCACAACUGAAGAAUUAGAGCAAAGAAAUAUCCUAAAACAAAAGAAUGAAGAAGAAGAACAAGAAGCAAAAAUGGAACUUAAGCGCAGACUCAGCAGAAAGCUCAGCCUGAGACCCACAGUGGCGGAACUACAAGCUCGAAGGAUCCUGCGGUUUAACGAGUAUGUAGAAGUCACCGAUUCUCCCGACUACGAUCGCCGGGCAGACAAGCCCUGGGCCAGGUUAACACCUGCAGACAAGGCAGCAAUAAGGAAAGAACUAAAUGAAUUUAAAAGCACAGAAAUGGAAGUUCAUGAAGAGAGUCGACAGUUUACAAGGUUUCACCGUCCAUAACGAAGUGUGAGACUCUUUGGAAACACAGACUGAUCAUCUUUGGGGGAAGCCUCUCUUCCCGAAAACCUGAUAUUGCACUGGGAUUUGAGUGUGUGUGUUUCCGUUUAACUGGUGAAGGAAGUGUAUGGAAAGUGCUUCCCACCUGCACGGCCCAGAUGGGGCCAACAAGCAAAGGGAGGGGUGCAGUGACUCUGCUGUCCAGCAUGUGUAUUGAUGGUAAGCAACACCAUGGUCACACCAGUUAUUCUCCAUCAGGAGUUUUAAUCAAAGAAGAUGAGCAGAAGACAAUCGCUGGCUCCCUGUUACCAGAAAGCCAAAUUGUAGAGUGCAGGUUGAAGAGAAAUCCGGGCCUGGAGUUGCUGGGCACUGAAAGGGGUGGGGGUGGAAAAUCAGAAAAAAAAAAAAAAAUAUUUCAUUAUGUUAAUGAAGAAAAGAGAAAAUCAAAGCAUAAAUAUUUUUGAAGAAGGCUUUUGGUAGCUGAGAACUUACUAAGAUAUGGGAAUCUAAUCACCUAACAUGGAUUCCUUAAAGACCUGAUCCUAGAAGAAUAUUCUCGUUUCACGGUUAUGUUGGUGCAGUAUAGUACCAUUAUUUUAUGUUGUGCCAGUGAAUCCAAUUGCCAGAAAUACGUCUGAGUGUUUUCAUGCAUCUUUUUCUUAAAUGCAAGAGACUUUUAUUGACUCUUAACAAGCAUGCCUGCCCAAAUUUUGUUGCAUGUUUUAAGUAGCAUAGCUAUACACACUUUUUUUUAUACUCCUUAUCUAAUGUACCAAACUUCUGCAAGGAUAACAGGACUGGGAAUAAAGUCAGAUGAAUGUGAUCCUAUAAAUCUGUAGGAAGCUUUAGAAAAUAAAUCUUUUGGUCUUUCCCUAGCUUGAUUAUCUUCAGAGUUGAAGCAACCAUACUUGAUCUAAGGAAGAUAAUAUUGACAAUCACAAUACCUUUCUAAAAAAUCUGAGUCCAAAGUAAAAACUUAAGCAAAUGCAAGUGUUCUUCCAGCAGUUAGUUCUGAGUGGGCAUGGAAAGGACUACUUAUUUUCAGGGCUGCAUUAAGUUGGAUUGCUGCUAUUAAAAAAAUUAAGUACAUGGAUCAAAAACAUACCCGAAGGCUUAAAAGAACACAGAAAGUUUCUGCUAAGUUGCAAGUGAGGAGAACCUCAUUUUGUAUUUUAAGAGUCUUCAGAUUGCAUCCAUAAAUAUAGCAUUGACUUGCAAUGCAAAAGAAUCAGUGAGGUUAAAGUCAUGGAAGGUUUCUCUGUGAGCCUACAGUCAGUAUUGUUUACAUUAAGAAACCCUCAAUUGCCAUCUUGCGAUUUUCCGUGGAGUCGCAAGCAGAGCGUGGCUUCUGCUCACAAAUACAUACGAUCAGAUGUAAAUACUACCUUGCAUUCGAUUGUUCUUUCAUGAUUGUUUUGUGCUCCUUUUAUUAAAAACACGUGAGACCUAAAAUAACAAGACCUAGUACACUUUAUUUUAUUCACAGAGCUUGGGCUAGAAUUUUCUGAAAUGCUUCUGGUUCAUGAUAAGGAAGACUGUAAUUUGCGAUUUCAACCAAAAAAGCAAACAUUUAAUCUGGUGGAUAAGUUUGGAUCCUGUCAGUCAUGUAUAUUCUGUAGAACCACUAGAAAUGGGGUGAUUUUGCUUAAAAUUAAUAAGUUUUAGCCCCAAUUGGCCUGUUAGAAAAAGCCAGGACCAUUUUAUGUCUAAGAAAAGUAAGCAACAUUGUUGCACCUUUUGCUGCACUGGGCUACCUGCGUAAUAAACCCAGAUUCUGCACUGUUGUCAUUUCAUUACUAGUGUAAGAUGUACUUCUGCUUUUGAAAAAAAUGUUCUGCAUGUCCAAGUGUCUUUCUCUGUCUGAAAGGUUUUGUCCAUUUCAUAGUGUUCAAAUCCAACCAUGGACAUUAACUUUGUUCUCAUUUUUUUGCCGAAGCCUGCCUUUUCCUUAAAAUACUAUUAUGUUAUCGUUGUUGUGUCUUGGGAAAAAGUCCAAGGAAUGUAAUGUUAUUUUAACUUUCUAUACUUAAAAUCUUAAAAUGUCAUAAUUUUUAAUCACGAGGCCUCUAUAAAAUGGUAUAUGUAAGACAUUAUCACUGUUUUAGCAUUCAGGAUACAGGUCAUAGGAAGUCUCUACUUGGUUGAUAAAAGGAGCAGUUUUUUUCCCCACUCAUGGUGCAUGUGAUGCAGGUUUUUUUAUUCCCUACAAUGAGAUGCACCCAGUACAGAGAUCAGACUCCCGUCCUUCAAUAUACUGUUUUGCUUGUGUGAUAUAUCAGAUUUAUGAACUACCCACACUUUUUUCUUCAUACCGAUUGACACAUUUAGAGAAAAGUUUAAAAGUUAGAGCAAAAGCAAAAAGUCAAAAAUGUUACCACUGCUAGUCUACUACUUAGGAACUGAAACCACAUAUCAUUAGAAUGAUUCUUUAAAUAAAAAGCUGUGAAAAGAAUCGAAGGAUUGUGAGCUAACCUGUAUUUUUCAGAAUAAGGCUCUGUGUUCCUAGCUAAUUUUUUAAAGGUGGAAACACUGCAUAUUCACCCAGCAGCCCAUCCAGGUCUCUUGCCUGGCAUCCAUAACGAUGUGGACCACCCUCCAUCUAAUUAGGCCUCUGCCCAAUGCCAGCAUUUCUGCUAUCCAACCAAUAAGCUACAGUUCUAUGAGAAAAAUAAAUGUGUGUGUGAAUUGGGCUGUUGUAACACAACACCAGGCUUUUCCCUAUUUAAAGUGAGACAUUAGGCAGACAUAGAGGAAGUGAAUGAGUUUUCCUGAGUCCCCAAGAUAUGAUUAGGGUAGGAAACAAACCCAUAUCCAGGAAGAUCUCAGGCAGGAAGGAACCAGACAGACUGUAAAACACAAAGUGGCCAUUUCUGUCUUUUUUUGAAAUGGAGCAAAAGAACAUUAAGGUAGUAAGGAGACGCCAUGGGCUUUAUCAGCAUCUUUGUGGUCUGACGAAAUUAGUCCUCUAAUGAGCAUUAAUUAAGGCAACCCUGCCUGAUAAUUCCCUGUGUAUGUGAAAUGUCUUGCAUUUUUUAUGUUUGAUAUAAUUUACCUUUAUGUUAAUUCCUUAAAUUAUUUAAACUAAAUCUAUAAUAUUCAGAGAGCCAUUUGGGGUAUUGGAAUAGCUGUUUUAAGUGGAGGAAAAAGCAAACUCAUCUAUCUCUCGGAUUUACCCAGAAAAACAGACUUUCUUCUUUCAUUUUCAUGUCCUUUAUUGGCAUAAUGAUUGUAGUCACUUAUCUUUUUCUAAUGCUAGUAAAUAUGUUCUGCUAGAAAGUUUUGAAAUGUAAGUGAAAACCUAUUUAAGAUAGUAAAGGAAUUGACUACACCCUUCAAAAAUCAUCAGAUAUUGAAAAUGAGAGAUAAUUUCCUAAAACCCAUAAUUUGGGUUUCACAUCCCUACAAUAAUUCUGUGCUACAUUGGUACUUUGAAAAAAUCCAGUAGCUUACACUUAAAAGAGAAAAAAUUCUGCAUUAACACUGCAUAUCCUGAUAUGGACCACAUUUUAAGAUAUAACAGGCAUUGUAUUUAUAUUCAAUAGUCGUCAGACAGACACAGCUUUCAAAAAUGAUACUGUAUUCACAAGAGAAAAAGACAGUCUCGUCUACCACAUAGUAGCAUGUACACAUUUAAAGAGUAAAAUCUCUUUUCCUCCUUUUUGCUCAAAAAUUUCUUUAGUUUAUUAUUUUUUUAAGUGGUCCCAGCAGCACAUUAAACAGUGAGAGAAGUCUUCCUCAAAAUAGGUGAGAUGGAAGAUAUGCACAUUUAUGUCAUUUCAUCAGUACAGAAGCUGAAGCAUUCCUAAAUUCCAGUCAUAUUAUUAGCCCUAACCUUACUAGUGAAGGUAUAUAAUUUGAGACAAGAACUAAUUUCUUCACAUCAUUAGAGUAUGAUGUGAGCAGUAAGGUAUCACUAAGAUGUAAUUUAUUUACGGAGUUGUCCCUUGGCUUCUUGAAAUAGGUUAUGUUCCACUACUGAGCAUUUGCUGUCUUCUUAUUGACAAGAUAUGUCACAUUAUUUUGCUUGGCAAAGCAGAAUGAACUUUCUGGAACUGAAAUAUGUCCAAGAGGGGAAUGCAAUGGCAAAAGUCACCAUCACAUUAAUAGAACCAUCUUUCUGAGAGAAAGCUCAUCUUUAGGUAGUUCAAAUCCAAGUUUCAAAGAGCAGCAUGAGGAACUACUCUAAUUUGGCAGUGACCAAAGGGUGGUGGGGACAAGGGUAGAAUAUUCCCAAACCAGUUCUCAUUUUCACUUUCCCUUUAUUUUUGGUAUUAAUUAAGCUUAAGUUCUAUAUGAAAAUGGGAACCACCAUUAGCAUAUCUGGAAAACAUUGGAAGCAGAGUUCACAAGGUCAUUCCAAAUUAAGAAAUCCCACUACAUAUUCUGUAAGAUUUCUGGCAAAAUUAAAAUUAAAUAAAAUAUAAAAUGAAAUGAAAUGAAAUAAAAUAAAAAAGAAUCCUGUGGCUGUUAUUCUCACCAAAAGCCAACCUUAUAGGCAGGGGUCAUUUUUAGCCAUGCUAGGAUUUACUGCACCUAUGAGCACCGUGCUGUUGAUCAGUGUUUCGGGGGCCGGGCGGGGGGGGGGGGGAGCGGUGCUGUUGGCAUUUGGAGCUGGGCAAUUCUUUGUUUACAGAAAUGUUCCCUACAUUGCAAGCUGUUUUAUAUCCUAAGCCCAUGCUGACUAAAUUCCAGUAGCAUGCCCAGUCACUGUAAAAACACCAAAAGUCAGAAGCGCUCCCCCAUGUUCAAAGGCCCUCCUAAGGAGGUACCACCUCCCUUGCGUACCACUGUCUACCGCAAUUUGAGGACACACAGGGAAGAGUACCUCUUUCAAAACAUCAUCUGGACUGCCUUGCAUUACUUUGGGCCCUGAAUAGUUCCUUCCCCCUUUAUUUUUCAAGCCUUCUGCUUCAGUGAAGCUUUAAUUUGCCAGUUCUUCAGGCAGGAGGGUGCUGGGCAGCCUUGGCCGUUUCAAUUGGCAUAGUCACUUGGCUGGUCCAUGUAUGUACUUACAGGAGAAAUUUCAAAUGAAGCAAACUUUUUUUCCUCUGUUUUGGCCUCACAGUUUUACCUAAGAACUACACUGUUGGUCACCGUCUUUGUCAGUGUCUUAAGAAUUAUUGCAUGGCUUAAUCACAAAUACAGCUAACAAUCCACAUAAACAAAACUGGCGGUCCAUGAAAAUCACCGUUAGAUUUUCUCCUGGUAAGGUACAUCCCUUGAGGUUCAAAGCCAUCACCUGUUGAUCCUGUUAAAGAAGCAUUUAAUCCACAUGUAAGUGCUUGAAUUCUCUCUGUAACUGUAGUCAUGCAGUUCAAUUUUUCUAAAAUUUGUCAAUACUAAAUUAUGAAGGAAGUGUGGAUUAACUGGAUUGCAUGCCUAUUGUUCAUACUUCAUUGACUGUCAUACACAAAACAAGAUGAUUUUACCUAGUUGAAACAUUGUGGAACUACGCUAACGAUACAUAAACAUACUUUUUCUCAGUUGCUUUUUAUCACCAAAACUGAAUGGUGAAUAUGUCUUGAAAUGAUUUGGAUGAACUGUGGCUAAUAGAAUGGAAGAAUUUAGCCACUAUAAUUUUUCUAAAUAUUAAAAUUUCUAAAUAUCUUUUUCAAGACAGAGCAACUCAGAGUUGAUAAAAGAGGUUAUAUUGUGAAUUUUUAGAUGGUGCUUAAGAAUUCUUAUCUUGUUAAAUACCAGUAUUUUUUUUUCUUUUUAAGAAUAAAUUAAAGGGAGUAAAUGAGGCAGAAUGCCACUCCACCCUCAGGUCAAUUUCAUGGUAUAUUAAAAUGCCAAUAAUAUUUGUGCCACUUGCCAAUUUGGGGGACUCUUCCCAUACUGGAUGCUUUUGUUAUAGUUUGUAUCAUUACAUUGCUUAGAAAGCCUUCACAAAAAGAUGUCACCUUUGCAGUGCUAACUAGCAUUUGAAAACAAUCUGAAUAAAUCUAGGGUCAAACCACUUUCAUCACUUAAAAUAUAGGCACUAAUUUUUAUUUUUAUUUUUUUUUAGUAUUUCUUCUGUGGCUUAGAAAUGUGCCAAUGUGUUCAAAACAUUCUGCACCAGUUUCACCAGAUUUAAUACCUAGCAAAAACUCAAACUCGUCAUUUUUUUCUAUGUAAUAGUGAUUUUUAAAUCAAGAACUAUACACAUUCAUUUGUUAUUUUAGUCUUUGGUUAUAGUGAUUAAGAAUGGUAAGCUGUGAUCAUUAUCAGACUGACUGAAUGAUUCCUAAUUUCCAGUAAGUGAUCUAAUUCUACAUAUUACACAGGUACAGUAUCUGUGAGUGUAAAUAACUGGAACUGUACACUGAUUACCAUGACAGUUUCUCUUUUUUUGUUGUUGUUCUUGAUCUGUACUGUAUUAUAGUAUGUGGGUAUAAAAACCUACAAGUAUACACAGGUAUGUAUAUGUAUUCCACUAUUGUAACCUGAAAGACAGACUAUGUAUUAUCUUUUUUAUUCCUUACUGGUGUUUGUGUUAUUUAAAAAGCAAAAUUAUGCUCUAUUUAGUUGUAUAAUAUAGGAUACUUUGCUGUGCACAAUUCCAAGUGCCUUAGAACAUCGUUUAGCUUUCUUAAGUAUAUAUAAAUGCAUAUAUGUAUAAAAUUGGAAAAAGUUACCUCAAUAAAAUCAUUGGGAAAUCCCCAA